AUCAGGUCGCAAAUUGUGUGAAAAUAGUUUUCUAAAUUCAAAAUUCAAGUCUCUUGGUCAUGUCCUCGUCUGUGGAUCACGUGGUACACCACGUACUGGCCCCAAUGGCAAUCAACGUCCUCGAUCGCGUGGUGCCAGUAAUCCGCCAAUUGGUGAUCAUCAUGCAUCAGGCAUUUCUGGUUGAUCACCAUGUGUCGGAGCCCGUGAUCGAUGUAUCCGGCAUGAUUCAGCCCGUUCGUAAAAUAGUCUUGAUUGUAAACGAUUCAACGCCGGAGCACCAUGUCGACCAGGAGCAGGUGGUCAGUUCGGAUGACAUUAACUACCUGAUAAAUGAAAUUUCGCGAAGUAUCCGAAACUUGGCCCGUUCGACCUAUAAUACCAUCUCGGCGAUGGCUGGAGAGUAGCCCUAGAAUUAUUUGUCAUCGUGGUCGAUCGAAAAAUCCGACAUCGACCCUCCUGAUCCUCCAGAAGAUCCUGCUCCUUUGCCCAAGAUAUGGAAAUGGUUCACACGGCCAUCGGAGUUGCGGGCAUAGUGGCCCUGUUUAUGGUAGUUUCCCGUUCGUUAACUGAAGUGGGUGGCAGGGUGUUAAACCAAACCCGUGAUCCGAUCGCUGACCUUGUGAGGCGCGGUGGUCCAGUGGCGGAUCAGCUGUCCGCCGUCGAGGGCGAAACUCCUCUAGUAGAGGGCGAUCGCAUGGAUGGCGCCUGCUCCGUGGUACAAAGUAUUGGAGGCAAGGCAUGUGCCUUUGUAGGACCAUUGCUUCCUAAGUUUGGCAGUGAACAUAAUUCCGAGGGCUCCUCCAAGGAAGACGAAAAGGAUAAAAAGGACUCGGAACCGGUAGUAGUAAAACCUGAAACACCGCCAGCGGCAGAAUUAACCGAAGAGGAGUAGGAUCUAGUCAGCAACUAUGUCGAAUAGAAAGCAAAAAAAAGGAAAUUUUUAGUUUUCUCUAGUUGGCCUUGGAAAUAAACUUCACUCAUCUUGUGGGCUUUGUGGGAUUCGAAACCUAGAGAGCUCAUUCAUUUUG